AGCAAAAUGUUAUUUAACGUGACUUUUGUUUACUAAUUCCAAAAUCGACAGCUACAAAAUCCCCAAAAUCGAGUUGUGACAGGGAAGAUAACAAUAAGGUAAAUGUUAUUUAUGCACUUCGGUCUACUAGAACCAAACCGGUUCACAAACAGUUUAUAUACAAUUAAACUUCUUCUCCAAGUUCUCUUUCUCUCUAGCAUCACCACCACCAUCAUCGUUUAUCAUCAUCAUCACACGGAUUCAGCAAUCUUCGAGUUGAUCUCUCUACCAUUUUAGAUCCUCUCUGAUUUCUGAAAAAAUGGUCUAUAAUUCGUUUUAUCUUCGCCUUCUAGGACAUUAGGACAACAAGGCGACGAAGGUUUAAGAAUUAUAACAUGAAUGUUCAGGAUCACAUGUCGGGACAUCUAUCUGGCCAGGCUCCAAACCAAGGGACAGUGCCGCAGAAUAAUAACGGAAACUCUCAAAUGCAGAACUUAGCUGUUCCUUCAUCAGCUGGUGCUGGUACCAUGGUGGACCCUGAUGUUUUAAAACUCCGACGGCACAUGCUAGUCCUUGUAUUUAAAAUUUUAGAGGAACGACAACCAUCUCCGGGUGAUGCUGCAUCAAAGGCAAAGUAUAUGGAAGUUGCUAGACGCUUAGAGGUGGGGCUGUUUAAGAUGGCAAACACAAAGGAGGAAUACGCCAACGAGUCAACCGUUGAGUCUCGGCUUGCAAGAAUAAUAACCGGCAGAGACUUGAAAAGCUCCAAUCCGGGACAUACUAAUUCUUCUAUGGUUGGAACGAUGGUACCUACGACUACAGGAUUAUCACACGCUGGGGGUAAUCCUAGUUCGAUGGUUACGUCAUCUGCUUGUGCUAGUGUUGUUCCCAUGGUGGACCAUGAUAUUUUGAAAGUUCGAGAGUACAUGCGAACCCUUGUCUUCAGCGAGUUAGAUAAGCGCCAACCAUGUCCAGCCGAUGAUGCAUCAAAGGCUAAGUAUUUACAUGUUGCAAGGCGCCUAGAGGAGGGUCUUUUUAAGACGGCAAACACAAGGGAGGAUUACCUUAACGAGUCGAUCCUUGACUCUCGCUUGGCAACCUUAAUAAGAGGCAGCAAAUUGAAUAAUCAGCAAAAUGCUAAUUCAUCUCCGCCUGGAAUGAUGACUACACUUGCUCCUGAAGUUUCUCCUGAGACCACGAUGGUAAGAGAGAAGGUUUCUGAGAGCGAAGAUGAGUUGGAGACAGCGAUCGCAGAGAAUCUGAAGCUCAUGAGCCUUUACAGCUGAACAUGAUCCGAAGUUUUUUUUUCCAUUACUUCUGUUACAAGCAAUAAGAUGAUCAUCACAUAAGUUACAAAUUGCUUCAGCAUUUGCAUUACCGCAUUGCUGCUUGCUUGUAUAAUUGUAUGAUCGUAUCGUACGUACCAAUGGUAAACCGGGGUUUGAUUUGUUUCGG